UUAGAAGUUAUAACAUCAACAUUCGUCAUGGCAAUAAUACAUUUUUUUACAUAUCUAGAAGAGAAAUUUGAUUUAAUUUGUAAACAUAUCGAAAUGGUUUGUAUUAGUUAGGUUUUAGAAGUAUAAUUCUUGGUUUUAAAGGAAAACACAUUCCUUAUCCAAUAUUAGUUUAUAGUCUCUAGACAAAGAUAUUUGUAACUUUAAAAAUCUAUCAGACGUACGUAAAAACAGUUGAUCUUUCCAAAUAUGUCAUUAAAAAUUCUAUAACAUUUUAUUAAAAUGCGAAAAAGUCACAAUCACUUCGAAUAUUAUUGAAAUCACUUAUUACGUUGAAAUGUUUUCCUUCCUAUUAUUCUAAAAGACAAACCAGCGAGAAUGUGAAAUUUUCACAGUAUACAUCCAGCUUUUAAUGCUUUAUUAGCUGACGUUAGAAAAAGAGAUCAAACAAAGCGUACGCCAGAUCGAGAAUUGAGUUCUGAUUUUCCUGAUACAGUCCUUAUCUUUAUCUCUUUCAUACUUAUUCUAGGGUACAAUACCACCAAAUGAAUCGUUAUCAUCACCAUUGUCAUUAGAUAUACGUAUUGAGAUAGAAUCACAUUAUCAUUUACCACCAAAUCCAAGUCGUGCCGAAGAAUUACGUAAAAUUGUUAAUGACUAUGGUUUUCAUCAUAUUUCAACACGUAUAUGGCCUUCGUUGAAAUGUGCAAUAUGUAUAAUAAGUCAUACUGUUAAACAAUUUGAAUUAAAAUUAUUAUCAACCUAUUGGAAUCCCCAAACACCAAUUUAUCCAUAUGCUUAUGGUAUGAGUGAACAUCAUCAUCUUGCAAUACCAUUAAAUACAAAUUCAUAUCAAUUAGUACCAUUACCACGUUCAGUUUAUUAUGAAUUUAUCGAAGCAAAAGACGAUGAUGAGGAAGACGACGAUGAUGAUCAUCAACCAGAAUCAUUUGAGUUAGAUCAAAUUGAAGGCAAUAAAGGUAAACGUUAUGAAGUUGUAUUAACAACAUAUGAUGGUUUAUAUCGUUAUAGAACAGAAGAUAUUGUUGAAGUAACAGGACAUUAUUAUACACUACCAAUAUGGGAACUUAUUGGAAGGUUUGCAACGGAGCAUGUAACUGAAAUGGAAUUAUGUGAUGUAAUAGAUUCAAUAUUAUCUGAAUACAAAGAUGAAUUUACUUCUUCACCACAAUAUUCUGUUUUUAUUGAUAAUAAUUCUUCACAUUAUGUACUUGCUAUUGAAGUUGAUUCUGAUAAAGAAGAUAAAUUAAAACAAAUUGGUAAAGAAAUAUGUUCAAAAUUUGAUCAAAAAUUACAAGAAUCUAAUGAAGAAUAUAAAAAAUGUCGUAGUAAAAAGAAAAUAUCAUCGCCCAUUCUACUAUGGUUAAAAAAUAAUACGUUGACAACAGGUGUAAGAGAAUAUCUUCUAAACAAUAAAGGUGGUAGCAAAAUACAAAAGUCAAAUCAAAUCAAAUCAACCGUGGUUAUUACGAACAGGAGUAAAAAUAUUAUUAAAUUUCUAAAAGAGAAUAAAGUGUUAAAAAUAGAAUUAUGA